CUUUAUAGUAUGCUCUUUAAAAUGGAGGCUAUUAUGAGUUGGCAGAGGAAUUGAUAACUUUAUUCUUCACCGUCUGAUUGGAUUAACACAACUGAAAGAAUUGAUUUAUCAACACUAGUUCGGAAAGUUAUAAGCCAUGUUCAAGAUUGAGUCCUACAUAACCCCAUUGUUGAUGGGAUAUCUCGACAAGUAUGUUAAACUGCGGCCGGAAGACUUCCAGCUAUCCUUGUGGGGUGGUGAUGCAGUGCUUUACAAUCUAGACCUUCGACUUGACAUAAUUGAAAAGGCCAUUGAGCUGCCAAUUGUCUUCCAGAGCGGUCACAUUCAUGAACUUAGGCUGCAUGUACCAUGGACAAAACUGGGCUCCGAUCCUGUGAUUAUAACCAUCAAUACAAUAGAAUGUGUUUUAAAGGUUCGUGACACAGCCUACAGGGAAAGAUCAGAAACACCAGGAAAGAGCAGCCAGAAGCAGAGAGUGAGAAAACAGGAUCAAGACCUGCCUCCAGGAUAUCUGCAGAGUCUAAUGAACAAGAUAGUUAAUAAUGCAAACAUCAUCAUCAAUAACCUUAUUGUGAAAUUUGUGGAAGAUGACAUUGUAUUAUCACUGAAUGUAAAAUCUGCUGAAAUCUACAGUGUUGACAAGAACUGGGAUAGAGCAUUUGUUGAAAUACUGGCUCCAGACUUUGUGCUCCGACGAGCGAUUAACUUUAUUGACCUGACAGUGUGCCUUGACAAACGUGAUGCAAGCGGGAAGAUAGAAAACUACCAGGAUCCAAUUGCAUACAGGUUCAGCAUUUCCUGCAGAUUGUUCACCCAGUUUGAGAACAUGCAUGCCAAAUAUUCCCUGGAGACCAAGCUUAACAUCUAUUGUGAACGAGCCGACCUGUCAUUGACAGACACCCAGCUGCCAAUGUUGAUACGGUUGAUAGAGCUUGCAUUGGCCCUUUAUUAUGGAACUAUGCAAUUCAAGAUGGAGACAGCGGAGUCUGAGCCUUCAGAGCAACAAGUGCCUAGAGAAUCAAAGAGUGAAAGCUUGUUAGGUGAGCCUCCACCAGAUGGAAGUGAGGAGAGCAUGGCAUCCCAGGGUUGGGCCAGCUGGGCUUGGUCAUACGUCCCUCAGAUACUGCCCACUGAGGGGGAGGGGGAGGAGGAGGCACCAGUACGCCGCAGCAAACCACCACCCUCUGUGUUCUCAUUUGGAAUGUUUGCAAACAAAUUAACCAUUAAAUUUAAGUUAACAGAGUACAUGAAAGAGAAGGCCCACUAUGGACCCAGGAAGAUUGUGUUCCGGCCAUUCCUGUACCUGGAAUCUGAGGGCUUGUCCUUUGAGAUGUUGAUGCAAGGGCUAGCUUUCUUCAAUGCUCAAGUGGGCAUUACCAACCUGUCCCUGUCUUCACAGGGUGUGUGCAUAUGUGGGGCAGAGGGAGAGGAAAAUACAAGGAACCAUGUGCUGCUGUCAGGGGGGGACAACUUAGUCAACAAGAUGAACAGCAACUACCUUUGUCAGUCACUGUUUGACCCUCAGAGUCCCGAGAACCUGGGCAUUCCAAUCUCAAAGAUUCUUGACUUUGAUGAACAUAAGCAGGUGUUCACUGAGCAGUAUGGCAUGCAGAAGUUUGGGAUUUUCUGGAUGGACUAUGUGUAUGGCCUUGACCGCCCUGUGAACAGCCAUUCUGGUGACACUAGUAGCAAGUCAUCAGUGUCGAGUGUUGAUGACUCACAGGUGUUUGUAAAGGAAAGCAGUCUCAACAGGUUCAUAAUUGGUCCCUGUCACAUCAAUGUCUCCAGCACCACGGUCCAUCGCAUACAGAAAGUUCUCGAUGCAGCAUACAAGUACGAAUAUGAGCCCUAUACAAAACAGGAAGAAGAGCGUGUGGAUGAGGGUCGACCCCACCCCACGGAGGGUCAGCUGGCCUCCUUGGAGGAGUUCAUACCCAUCCGCACCACCCACCUGACACUGCUCAACCCCGUGGUGACACUCAUGAGUGCUGAGCAUCCUUACUGUGAUGUGGCCAAUAGGACGUACAGAACACCCACACAGAAGCCAAGGCCAGGUCAGCCUGCGCCGACCCUUUACCCACUGUUUGCACUUCAACUGGGCAGUCAGAGGUUUGACCUUCAGACAACCUCGCCCAUGUACCCGCGCAGGCUGGUGCAGCUUGUGAGCAAGAUAGCAGGCCCACCCAGCAACCUUCUGCAUCACUGCCACUCACACACACAACUCAAGCUGUUUGGUCUUGAAGCAGGUCUCGUAAAGGUGGAAGUGACAGGAGUUCGCUCACCUGCCCUUACAGUGCUGCCCCCUACCAGUGGGGCCAUGUACACGCGCAGACUACUUCUCAACAUGUACUGGAACAAUAUCUACCUUCCAAAGUAUGAAAGGAUGUAUGAACUACCACAGUUGACCAUGACCUUGUCCAAGCCUGCCAUUCAUGUUGCCAUGGCAAUAGUGUCAUCAUGGAAACAGAACACCCCAAAACCAGCUGAUAUCCUCGCCAACUCUUUACUAGAUGAUAUGUUUCCUUCCACAGAAAUAGACUCCAGGAGACAUUCCCAUUACCCGAGUCUGGAACUGCGAAUAAGUGGAUUGGAGAUGAAACUAUGCAGGACUGAUGUUGUCACGUCUUGUUCUGGAACUCUCUCAUCUGUGCACAUACUUCUGUACAAAAACGGCCGAGGUGAGGGUAGGAGCUACAUUCCUGUGUUUUCCUGCCCAUGUGAUACAGAAGGGUUGCACAAUUCUGAUUGGCUGAUGAGUCCUGAUUCCUCUCCAAUCAGAGAGAUCAAGAACGACUGCCUCACUUUCACAUACCAGCUGCCAAAGGCAUAUGACAAGGUUCAAGCUCCCGCAAUUGUGCUGUUAAGCAUAGGGGGUGCUUCAUGCAGCUUGGAACCGGCUCUUGAAGACUGGUUCUCCUACACACCCACCUCUCGAGUCGUAAAAUCGCGGGAACCAAGGGUGGAGUUAAACAUGGAAUUGGCAAAGGCUGCCUCACCCCUGCAGACAAACAUGUCACAGGUAUCUCAGGCCUCUAGUGGGUCCAAGCGCCAGACCAGCAUCAGUCUUACCCGCAGCCCCACUACGGGCGCCCAGUCUACUGUUCCCGCAUCAGGGGUAGAUAACCAACGGGCCAGCCAGAAGAAAGCGGGAGGGAUUGGAGAGAAGCUGGCACAGUUACUGCCUUUGAUCAGAGUUUUACAAGUGCAGGUUGAUAUGAAGAAAAUCUGCGUGUUUCUACCCAGACACCAUGUUGACCUUCAUGAUCCAAGUUUGAGCAUAGUGUCAAAUUACCAGCAGCUGGCAAGGUCAAGGUCACUUCCAGAUACAGUGGUUGUAAGCCUGCCCAGGGUGCUAAUGCAGAGUGCAGGUCUCAAGGCUUUGCCAUAUGUACAGGACCUGCCUAUUACCACCGUGGAAGGAUCACUAGUGGGUGAUAAAAUACCAUGGAAUGUGAGCCUGCAGAACUGUGCUAUUUAUAGCUUGCAUCAAAACAGCUCUGAGAUUGACCUGCCCCUGAGAGUUCUUCAUUUUCUGAAACCAGCAACAGUGUCUAGUACUGUAGGGGUUAGUUACAAGUUUAUGCCCCCUACAUCAGAUGAUGUGACUGCCCUUGGGUUGUGUCUGCACACAGACAUGAGAACUGUUACCAUGGCAUCAUCUGUUGAACAGGUCAGAUUGCUGAUUAAGACAGCCUCAGCUUCACAGAAGACAAUUCUAUCGGGAAUCAAGUUUCUUGGGGAAGUUACAAAAUCAUUGAAAGCAGAAGAAAGUUCAGAAAAGACUCAAAACUUGGAAGAACCCCGACAAAAUGGUGGUGGGAUUGCACAAAUGCUCGGUGUUGCCUCAAUUGCUGAAGAGAAUGACCUUCCGUGCACUAUGACCUCAGGUGACAUUGCAUCCAUGGAUACGACAUUCAGCCGUGACACUGACCUUCAGGAGUAUCCCACUGAUGGCGUCAAAUUGUCACUAUGGUUACAAUGGACACUGCCAAAAUGCCAGCUUAAGAUGUACCUGGCAGGCAAACAAGCUUCUAAGGUGGUUGCGCUGGUAGAGGACAUCACAUUCUCGCUGGAUGUACAAAACGUCUACUCCAAGGUCAAACUCAAUGUGGGAUCUACCAGCGUCACUCAUUUCAUGAAAACCAGCCCAUAUGAUGCCUGGCAAAGUGGGAGACACCAAGGAAUACUGAUGUGUUGCCGCGGAAACCUGUCCCAUGAUACUCACAUAUUGACAUCCCAUGCCUGGGUGACUGACCGUCUGCAUUCCAGGUCCAAUCUUUCAGGAUCAGCGAUAAAUUCUAGCAACCCUGCUAGUCGAGAGAUAGGUCACGGGUUUCUGAGCCUCACAUUCACUAGAGCUCUCAGGAGGAAUCUGAAAAAACGUCUGCAAAAGUUGAACAUUGAAACACCCCCAUGCGAACCUAAUUCCUUGGGUGACACUUUUGGGAAGUUUUUUUAUCACAAAUAUGUCAGUGAACUUUGUUUGACGAUGGUUCCCUGUGAUUUUAUUUUCAACCUGGAUCCUGUAUCUAGUCUUCUGCAGAAUAUUUACACCUUAGAGUCUGAGAAAUCCAAGCCGAAACACUUGAAAUCCAUACCUACUGUCUCUGACGAGAGUACAGCCAUGCCAUGGUUUACAUCAAGCAACCUUCCGUUGAUAUACGCCGACAUGGAAUGCAUUCGUUUAUUUUUGCCAGGACCAGAUAGGAGCAAAGUUGGACUGACAGGACAACAGGGCACUCUCUGGACAACUGCUGACCAUGACAUGCUACUAUUCCAGAUUCAUAGUCUGACCGUUACCCCAAAUGCUGACAACCCUCUGCCUCGCUACACCAUAGACAAGGAGCUGUACCAAGAGGCUGUGCAGUUAGGAGUCACAUCAGACUCAGGGGCUGCCCUUACUGACCGACAAUACCAACUCGACUUCAAGGGGCUCAGUCUGUCCUCAGGCUGUUGGUGGGACUUUGAGAGGCAUAUUCAGGUUGCAGGUGCCUGCUCUGUACGCACUCCAGCAAGCCAGGUACCAGCAGUGGAGUGGAACUCGCUGCCCAUUAGGAACGAACACUCUGAGAUCCAGCUGUUUCCAGUUAUCUCUCCUUGUGAUAUGAGGCUGGUUGUGGCCCCUGCAAUAGUCAACUACAUGCCCUCAGUAUAUGGACAAUAUCUGACCAACCUUGUCUGUGGAUAUGGAAUGGAGUUGAACAUUGUGAGUGACCUUGACCUCACUGUGAGUACCAAUCAGAUUCAGUUAAUCCAACACAAGGUCAAGGACAUUUUGGGGUCAAUGAACCCAAACAAAGGCAAAUGUGAUACUAGCACGGAUGAGACAGAGUAUGUACAUGACAGUGGAGUUGGAAGUGAAAUAUCCAAUUUGACAGUGACUAAACCACACUUGGAGAAGAAAACAGCAGACAUAUAUAGUUACUGUGAUACCAUGACACCAGUUGACCUACUUUUGACUGCUGGUCGAAUUUCAUGCACACUUUACUCCCACAAAACUGUGGAAAAGGCAAUUAAAGUAAAUGCUCAGACAUCAGCCUCAUCCAGAAAGAAAAACAAGCCGAAGAAACAAGACUUAGAAUGGAGGAUUGAUACAGAUUCCACUGAUAACCUUCAAAUUAACGAUGCAUCACCGACUGUCCUUGACCCAUACAUGCUGCACAUGUACACAACGGAUUCUGCAGCUCAGGAGAGGAUCAUAGGGCAGGGGACAGUGUGCAUUCGGCCCUUUUUGUUCGUCUACAUCUCCCAGCCUCACACAGUGUUAUCCUUACAUCGAGAACAACAGAAGUUUGAGACAUCCAGUUAUGAUGUGCUUGUAAAAGGGGCGACAGAGGACCUGCUUAUUCCAGUGACAGAUGCAAGGUUGCUGCCAGACUGUUCUGACUUCUCUGUGUACUGGCUGGAGAGCAGGGCAGGGCGCCCCCACCCCCAGACUGGUAUUCCACCCAGCCUUUAUACUCUUGGGCUCUCUGACUUCAUGACUGGGCAAGCAAAUGUUUAUUUACAACUUGAGCGACCCCUUCGUACAAAGCUGUCUUUUCCCAAAGUGAAACAAGUGAUGCAGUUCAUGGAUGAGGUUUUGCCAAGGUCAAAGGUCGACACAGGAGAAAGGUCAUCAACAAAGCCACACACAGAAGACUCAGAAAUGGCUAAAGUAAAGCAACUUGACAUUCUUAGACAUGUGAGCUCAGUUGUAUUGCAAACUGAACAGAUUGUUGUUUCCAUGGAAACCAAGCCAUGUGAUGAGCAGCCAGAAGUGAGCUCAUCAUUCAGCAAUCUUCAGAUGCAGAUUGGUUUUACCCAUGGAGUGACAGGUGAAGUCACUGGCAUAGCAAUGAAUGCCUACAUGCGUGACUGCAUGUUGAAGACAACUCUCAACAAUCGGCAGCUGCCUUUGCUGGGUCCGUGCUCCCUUAAAGCAGAUGCCACAUUCACCAUAAUUUCUCAUGGCAACACCAACUUCCUGUCCCAGACAAUUGUUACCAUAGCAACUGGCAUGGUGACGGUGAAUCUAGGACAGGAGCAUGUGCUGUGCUUGCAGAUGGUGUUAGAUCACAUCACAGAAUUCUCAAAGGUGAUAUUCAAGUCAAAGGAUGACCUAUCGAAAUCAAAGGCAGGAAGUAACAAUAAAGUGCCACCUAUUUCAACUGGGUCACUGCAGUUUGUGGUUCACAGUUCAUCUGAUGACCUUCGAAGUGGGCAGUACCAGUACAGAAUGAGUGACGAUGAUACUGACCUGGUACCUAAUCUUGGAGAAAUAGUGUUUUGUAACCAGGAUAGGAGUGGUAACUCAACCAUGACCUGGGGUUACAGCACACCAAGAGUUAUAUCUAGCCUCACUUCUACACCAGUUCCCUUUAACACACAAAAUAUCAUAGAACCACCAAUCACUGUUGCAUGUCGUCUGCAAUACUGGGAGGGUCUCAUUCAGCAGUUUGUUGACUAUGCUGAAAUGAGCCUGUCAGAGAAUGAUGUCUCAGAAAUGGUUCUUCCCGAGGUGCGCCAUGCAGACUCUCGAGACCUUGCCGCAGCCCAAAUAUGGAGGCUGAACAUUCCAAACCCAGAGGGAUCAGAAGUAUUGGUCCCGCCAGCCUCCCUUGCUGCCUCUGUGAAGGUUGACUCGUGUUUUGUGCCAUGCCUGAUCCCUGGACUGCAGCUGGGAGUCACAUUGGAGAGCCUGGAAUUACACCUGACCAAUCACCUGCACUGUCUUGGAAGAGUGGUACCCACGAAGCUGCAGCCUUUCUAUCUUUGCCCAAGUUUCCAGCCUGCAGGGGAGUUUGCAGUGGUAACCCUUGACAACCUGCUGCUAGCUGCCUCUCACUGGGCAGGCAGCCUAAAUAAGUCAAACAUUCAGGGCUCCACAAGUCUGGGUGUUGACAUUCUGGAGUAUAAGACGUUGACAAUGGACCGAGUAGUCUCUACUUUGGAGAUAUCGGGCACUGUGUCCUUACAGACACACUCUCAGACCACACCAGUCCGGACUGUAGAUGUUGACAUAGCCUGUGACCCGGUGACCUUGACCUUUGGUCAGGGGGUUGUACACAGUCUAACAUGUGCUGCUCAGGCCUGGACACAGAUUGGCACAGCUGAUCCAAGCCAAGAGGACAGUGUGAUAUUUGCUCACUAUGUGAUAUGUAACAACACCCAGCAGACCCUGCGCCUUGGUCAGGUGGGCACAGACGAGAAUCUUGUGCUGCAGCCCCGAGAAAUGCACCAGUAUUCCUGGCGGUCUCACACCAUGAAACAGGAGCUGCACAUCUGUUUGGAUGGUGCCAUAUGGAAGUGGUGCGAUGCUGUCAAACUGGGCACACCAGGGGCGGCAGUGAGGAAGGUGUCUUGUCAUGAACAGCAAUACACAUUGGUCAUUAACACCAGGCAGAUCUCCAAUGUCCAGUGUCAGGUCAUCAUCUCAGGCUUGCUGUCUGUUUCUAACCGACUGUCCCAUCACUGUGAGGUCAAGGUCGUUGCUCUGGACAACAACCAGGAAGUGGAGCACAGGGCUGUUGCUGGAUCCCAGCUUACUGUCCCUUCAUAUGUGCUUGAUCCAGAUCAAGUGCUGGGCAUAAAAUUCAGACCAUGGGGCUCCAAUGGUGCCUGGUCAAAUAGCGUUUCUGUGGCAAGCGCAGCGAGGAAAGACAACACUUUAGUGAAGCUGAUCCAGGAUGACAGGUUCUACCAUGUCUGGUGCAGGCUGUUUACCCACAUUGUGCAUGGAGUCACACGGGUCUUUGUUGUGCUCUGCCCGCUGUAUAUGGUGCGAUCUCACCUCCCGUUUCCGCUCUACAUUAACAUCGACACAAGCAGGCUGGGGCUACAUGACCAGAUCUCCACUCCAGGGCGGGGUCACGAUCUCCAAUUGCAGUGCCCAGGAGGGGACCUCUAUCAGUCACUGACUUUUCAGUUUGAUGCCCAUUCUGGGAAGUCCAGCACAAGUGUGACCCUGUCUACAGGUCUGAUAGAGCAGCUGAAGCGAGCCCCCCAGGGCAAGUUUGACCCCGCCACUUUGACCUCCUUCACCUCUGACCAGUGCUGGUACAAUUGGCCAUAUAUCCAGGAGGACAAAUAUGAGGAGGUUAUGAUACCAGAUCUUCAGAACACAGUGAUCCCAGAAAUAACCAUGGGGAACCAGCCGACCAUUGAUCUCAAUGUCAGUCUCUCAGAAUUCUGGGCUGGGUACCAGACUGUGCUAGUGGACAUUGCCCCUAGCUACCUGGUUACCAAUGGAUGUGACCUUGAUCUAGUUUUCAUGGGGUCAGAGGACAUUCAGUAUGACCUUUCAAAAGGUCAGACUAUUUGUCCGCCCAAACUGGAGAGAUCAUUUCACAUCGGAGCCAAGCUAGGAGAUGCUGUGUUCAUGUCUGAACCAGUGCCUGUGUCCAAUGAGGAGUUGAUGACUCAGCGGUACAGGCCAGACGCUGGGCAUACCCUCUACAUGGACCACUGGGUACACGUGCACUUACUGGGGCAUUUUAAUGGGACAGAACAGGUAUGUUUUCUAACUGUGACAUCAAGCCUGAAGAACAAUAUCCGUGUUAUCCAUGUGAGGGAACGUUACAACCUAACCAACCUUACCAAGUUCACACUAGCUCUGUGUCCAUUCAGCAUUCCAGAAUCCAGUAAAAAGGUUCAGCCAUCAGCAUCUGUGAGCAACAUAGUUCCCAGCCAUAUUGGUUGCCAUAGAGACAAAAGUGACCUUGCCCCCGUGACUUUUCAUCCCUUGGCAAUGCUGUUUAGCAACGAUAAGAAGGCAGAUAUAGACAGCAGCACCAAAUUUGUAAACUAUUUGUCAAUUGCUCAUGUGCAAUCUAUUUAUUCAAGUCAAACAUUAAAACAUAUUCUACAUUUUGACUGGUCAUAUCCUGUAAGAUUGUCAGCCAAUGAGAGUGGAGUUAGAAUGACUCUGUCUUUGGUUGUUAAAAAAUCAAAUUUAAACAGUGUUCAGUCCUGUCAUCAAAAUGAUACAGGUGAAAAAAACUUUGGAGCAGAUGCAACGAACAGUUCAGACCAGGGUUUGAUAAAAUUUGAAAAUGUGAUUGAUCAACCAAGUGGGAACACUAAUGUUGAGUGUGUUACUGAAGAGGAAAUUGUAAAUAUAGAGGCGUUGUGUGUGACUGCCCAAGAAGAACGCGGGGUUACGUAUCUGACUGUUAAAAUAGAUAAUGCCCCUACUUGCUUCAUUCAGAACCACUGCAACUUCCCACUCUACAUUGGCCAGGCCAUGAUGAACUUGACCCUGAAAGGGACCACAGUGCAAGAGGAGACUGAGCUUGUUGACAUUCUGCCCUGCAUUCCUGUUGGGGGAAGUCGAUACUACACACCCCCUUUUCUAAACACAACAUUCCCUCAAAUAUUGGACAACAGAGUCAUUCCAAAACUGCACAUAUCUGGCAAGAUGCCAAGUUCAAUGGACCAAUCAGACUUAAGCAAUUUGAAAUGGAGCGAUCCAAUAGAUUUGCUUGUUGCUGCAGAUAAUUUUGUCUCUAUACCAGGACUGGCGGAUGUAAAAGUACAUGUCAUUAAGGUUGCGAUGGUAACAAAUGUAACAAUUUCUCCGAUAAGUAAGGCUGAUGUUUCUGCUAAGGAGAUAAGAAGUCGGCUAAAGGGGAAAGAGCGAACUAUUACUGUAACACCUCAGAUUAAAUUUAAUGAGGAAAGUACUCCCAAGGAAGCUGCGUUGGAAGUAUCAAGAGCUACUGACUCAAAGAAAACAGAAUCUUCUAAACCAAAAUCAUCUCUUUUGAAAAUUUCAGUGGGUGUUUUAGCUAAACAUGUGUCCAUUGUUAUGUUAGAUGAAGUCUCUUCUGCCACAUUAAAGCAGGAAUUGAUAUGUUUUACGUUGGAUGACCUAUUCAUUGCGACCUACCCAGCUAGUGACCUUUUGGAGAUGCCGAAUUACCAUAGAAACUGCAUAGUGAUGAGUUGUGGAAAUGUGCAGUUGGACAACCAGAAAUAUCAAACUGAAAACUUUGAUUUCCCAGUAGUUUUGGUCAGAAAAGAUUUUGAUAAACCCUGGAAAGGGUGUGAUGUUGAACAUCUUACACAGUUAAAUGUGCUUGAAAAGCAGGCUGUUUUGAAAUCCAGUAGUAUAAUGCAUAUCCAGAUAGUGUAUGGCACUGUAAGUGGACGCAAUUCUGUGAUCGAAAAAAUUGAAUGCUCAAUUAAGCCAGUGAAUUGUUACAUUGACGACAAGUUUGUGCUCCACUGCAUAAAGCAAGUUGGCACUUUCUUGCCUGUACCAUUAUCAAUACCUGAACCAUUACCAAUGACAACUCUCAAACUCCCUAAAAGCGUGAAAACUGUAGCUCAAUCACUCAGCUCUCCAGUGCAAAUAGGCCACCUCCUGAUUCAUCCAGUCUCCGCAAUGUUCAGUGUUCAUGCUUCCAUGAAGCUGUUCAUAGCAUCGGACGAGACACCACUGCAGUUUGGCAAGUUUGAGAAGUUAGACCUCAGCACCACAAGUUACCAGCUGACCAGGGCACUAGCCAUGCAUUAUGCAUUUGGUGCAUUGUUUAGAGCUGGUGCUGUGGUUGGUUCUCUGGAGAUAUUAGGUAACCCUACUGGCCUGGUGAGAAGUAUUGGAACCGGUGUAGCUGAUUUCUUCAGGAUGCCCUAUAGGGGCCUCACAAAGGGGCCGGGGGCAUUUGUUGUGGGGGUUUCCCAGGGCACAUCAUCCAUGGUGAAACACGUGACCGCAGGCAUGUUGAAGUCAGUGACCAACUUUGCUUCGAGUGUGUCACGUAACAUGGACCGCCUGUCCCUUGACGGAGGCCACAUCAGACGCCAGGAGGAGAGCAGACGACACCGGCCUGACGGGGUCUCAGAGGGUCUCAAACAGGGGCUCACAGGGCUUGGAAUCAGUGUUCUGGGUGCUGUAGCAGGGCUAGCAGACCACCCCAUUCAGAGCCUUCUUAGCUCGGGUCAAGGUGACCAGGAAGGUGAAGGUCAUCAGGGGUCAACUGCCACAGCAACUGGACUGGUGACAGGCAUGGGCAAGGGGUUGGUGGGUGUGUUCACGAAGCCAAUAGGUGGUGCGGCAGAGUUUGUGUCACAGACAGGCCAAGGUAUUUUGCAUGGCACAGGCCUAUGUCGUCUCCCCACUGUCAGACAUUCACCAGUGGAACAUUGCCUUGAGGAGUCAGUGUGUGGGCAGGUCAAAUACGCGCUGAAGUUGCUGCAGACUCUGCCCUCCAGUGACAUCCUGUGCUGUGUGGAGGCGGGGCAUGUGGACCUGACAGAGCGAGAGGUGCCUGUCACACUGGUCCUCACACCUGAGAUACUCUUUGUGAUGAACCAUGAAGAAGACAGUCAGCAGCAGUCAUUCUCGCUGCUGGAGCUAGAGUGCGGUGUUACCCUCGGUGAACAGCCCACCCUUUCCAUCAUAUGGAGGGACACCCAGGUCUACAAAGAGGACCAGGUUGGAAUGUCGAAUGCUGAAAGGGUUUCAGCCUUCAUAGACAGUACAACCAAAUACAUGCAAGAACCUUUUAGACCUUUGGAUGUGAAUUAUAUGGACCUGUCUCUGCCCCUCCCAAACCAUGCACAAUCACAGAUUAUUGGCACAUCUACACCUGAGCUCAGCGAGUCAACACAGUCGCCCAAAGUCUUUCCAAAUUUGGCUGCAGAUCAAGAUUCCAAGGGGAGGCAAUCUGGGUCCUACAAUGGGGAAGGGAGACAACUCUCUGAUUCUCAGUCAGACUCAAGCAUUGAAAAUACGGAAUCCAACAUGGCAACAUUGCCCCAGUAUGACUUUAAGAUGAAUGCUACGAAAAUUGCUGCUUUCUUAGCAGUGUUCAAUAUUACAAAACAAAAGUUGCAAGGAAGUGGGUUUCGUGUGUAAAAGUUAUAUUUUAUUCUUCAAUUAUUUUAGAUGGCUUUGGUUGUUCAUAUUUCAUGAUUUCUGUGUUGAACAUGAUUUCACUUAUUAUGCAGGCUAUUGUUAUAAAGUGCAUUAAAUCAUGAAAUAAAAGUUUGGUUCAUUGGGAUUACAAGUGCUAUUGAUAUUUAUGUGGGACUUCUGAUUCAAGUGUUUAUUUUAUAUAUAUUAAUGCUUAUUUAUUUAUUGACAUGUAUUAAAUAUGUGUUUAUACGGCGUCUUAUAUAUAAUGUAAAUACACAAAUUAUUUUCUAUUAAUAUUGAUUUUAUUGAUCAAUAAAAAUCAAUUUUGGGUUGUUUUCCAUAGGAUUAUAAAACUAUAAGGGUAAGAACAUGAAUCCGACUGACAAGGUGUUGUUCAUUGACCAAGAAAGAAUAAUAGUACAAAAGCUGUCUUUAUUCUAUUAUGAUUUGAUAAAAAUGUAUUUGAUUGAGAACUAUAUUUUGCUAUGGUGUAUUUGGUUUCAGGACUUCUUUUACAUUUUUAGCUCGCCUGAUUGCUCAGGUGAGUUUUUGUGACCCGUCUUCGUCCGUAAACACUCUAGAGGCCACAUUUUUUGUCCCAUCAUCAUGAAACUUGGUCAGAAGCUUUGUCCCAAUAAAAUCUUGGUGGAGUUCGAAAAUGGGUCAUGCCUGGUCAAAAACUAGGUCAAAAAAAAGAAAAACCUUGUAAACACUGUAGAAGACACAUUUCAUGCCCAAUCUUCACGUUACUCUGUCAAAAUGUUUGUCUUAAUGAUAUCUUAGUUAAGUUCAAAAGUGGUUCCGGUCUGUUGAAAAACAUGGCCACCAGUGGGCGGGGCAGUUUUCCUUAUUUGGCUAUAGAGAAACCUUGUAAACACUCUGGAAGUCACGAUUUUUGCCCAAUCAUCAUGAAAGUUGGUCAAAACAUUGGUUUUAUUUAUUUCUUGGACGAGUUCAAAAAUGGUCCAGAUCUGUGAAAAAACAUGGCCGCCAGUGGGCGGGGCAUUUUUCUCUAUAUGUAUAUAGUGAAAACAUGUCAACACUAGAAGUCACAUUUUUGGCCCAAUUUUCAUGAAAUUUUGUCAGAACUUUUGUUCUCCUAGAUACGUGAGUUAAGUUUGAAAAUUGUUCGGUCUGUUGAAAAACAUGGUUGCCAGGGGGAUGGGGCAGUUUUCCUUAUAUUUAUAUUGUAAAAAGGCUUGCAAACAAUCAUGAUUUAAGGUCAUGUAACAUGUGAGACAACUCUUCUAAAUAUUACAUUUAAGUUUACAGUAGUUACUCCCCUUUGAUUAUUCAUGUUUUCAUAAUAAUACACUGUAGUUGUGUUUCAUUUAAGUGUUAAAUGUUAUUCGAGGUUGGAUGUUUUUAUGCCCCCUUUCGAGGAAAAGGGGGCAUAUAAUGAUCGGACUGUCCGUCCGUCCAUCCGUCCGUCCGUCUUUCCGUCACACUUUGCAUUUGGGUUUCCAAAAAUGCUCAUAACUUCUAUGUCCCUCGAGAUAUAAACUUCAUAUUUGGUAUGCAUGUGUAUAUAGACAAGACCUUUCCAUACGCACAAUUUUUUUAGCCCUGUGACCUUGACCUUGAAGUUAGGGUCCGCGUUUAGGUUUUGAAAUCUGCGUUUAGGUUUCGAAAAAUGCUAAUAACUUCUAUGUCCCUUGAGAAACAUGUAUAACCUUCAUAUUUGGUCUGCAUGUGAAUAUGGACAAGGAUUUUCCCUACGCUUAAAAUUUUUUUUACCCCUGUGACCUUGACCUUGAACUUAGGGUCCGCGUUUAGUUUUUGAAAUCUGCGUUUUAUAGGUUUUAAAAAAUGCUCAUUACUUCUAUGUCCCUUGAGAUAUAACCUUCAUAUUUGGUAUGCAUGUGUAUAUGGACAAGGCCUUUCCUUAUGCACAAAAUUUUUAACCCCUGUGACCUUGACCUUGAACUUAGGGUCCGCGUUAAGGUUUCAAAAUCUGUGUUUAGGUUUCGAAAAAUGCUCAUAACUUCUAUGUCACUUGAGAUAUAACCUUCAUAUUUGGUAUGCAUGUGUAUAUGGACAAGGCAUUUCCAUACGCACAAAGUUUUUUUCCCCUGUGACCUUGACCUAGAACUUAGGGUCUGCGUUUAGGUUUCGAAAUCUGCGUUUAGGUUUUGAUAAAUGCUCAUAACUUCUAUGUCCCUUGAGAUAUAACCUUCAUAUUUGGUAUGCCUGUGUAUAUGGACAAGGCCUUUCCAUACGCACACAAUUUUUUACCCCUGUGACCUUGACCUUGAACUUAGGGUCCGAGUUUAGGUUUCGAAAUCUGCGUUUAGGUUUCGAAAAAUGCUCAUAACUUCUAUGUCCCUUGAGAUAUAACCUUCAUAUUUGGUAUGCAUGUGUAUAUGGACAAGGCCUUUCCAUAUGCACACAGUUUUUUACCUCUGUGACCUUUACCUUGAAGUUAGGGUCCUCGUUAAGGUUUCGAAAUCUGCAUUUAGGUUUCAAAAAAUGCUCAUAACUUCUAUGUCCCUUGAGAUAUAACCUUCAUAUUGGUAUGCAUGUUUAUAUGGACAAGGCCUUUCCAUACGCACACAAAUUUUGACCCCUUGACCUUGAACUUAUGGUCCGCGUUUAGGUUUCGAAAUCUGCGUUUAGGUUUUGAAAAAUGCUCAUUACUUCUAUGUCCCUUUAGAUAUAACCUUCAUAUUUGGUAUGCAUGUGUAUAUGGACAAGGCCUUUCCAUACGUUUCCAUAUGUUUCGAAAAAUGCUAUAACUUCUUUCAAAGCGUUUAUAGGGUUCAUAUGUCAUCCUAUGGUGACAGCUCUUGUUUUUAGCUCACCUGAUUGCUCAGGUGAGCUUUUGUGACUGGUCUUUGUCCGUCGUCCGUCCACAUUUGUUCGUUAACAUUCUAGAGGCCACAUUUACUGUCCAAUCUUCAUGAAACUUGGUCAGAAGAUUUGUCCCAAUGAUAUCUCGAUCGAGUUUGAAACUGGGUCAUGCUGGGUCAAAAACUAGGUCACUAGGUCAUAAAAAAAGAAAAAGCUUGUAAACACUGUACAAGUCACAUUUAAUGCCCUAUCUUCAUGUAACUUUGUCUUUAUGUCUGUCUAAAUGAUAUGUUGGUUGAGUUCAAAAGUGGUUCCGGUCCAUUGAAAAUGGUUGCCAGUGGGCGGGGCAGUUUUCCUUAUAUGGCUAUAAAGAAACCUUGUAAACACUCGAGAAUUCUCAAUUUUUGCCCAAUCAUCAUGAAAGUUAAUCAAAACAUUGCUUUUAUUGAUAUGUAGAACGAGUUUGGAAAUAGUCCAGAUCGGUGAAAAAACAUGACCGCCAGUGGGCAGGGCAUUUUUCUCUAUAUGUAUAAAGUGAAAACAUGUGAACACUAUAGAAGUCACAUUUUUUGCCCAAUUUUCAUGAAAUUUGGUCAGAACAUUUGUUUCCUUGAAACGAGAGUUGAGAAAUGGUUCCGGUCAGUUGAAUAACAUGGCUGCCAGGGGGGGGGGAGUUUUCUUUAUAUAGUAAAAAAAAAAAGCUUGUGAACACUAGAAGUCACAUAUUUUGCCCAAUCAUCAUGAAACUUGGUGAAUAGAUUUGUUUUGUAUAUAUCUCAGAUGAGUUUGCAAAUGGUCCCGAUGGGUCAAUAAACAUGGCUGCCAGGGGGGUGGGGCAGUUUUCCUUAUGUGACUAUAUAGAGAGAGACCUUGUGAUCGAACACUAUAGAAGUCACAAAUUUAUGCCUUAUCAUCGUGAAAUUUAGUCAAUACAUUGGUUUUAUUGAUUUCUUGGACAAGUUGGAAAAAGGCUCAGAUCGGUGAAACACACUUUUUAGCUCACCUGAUUGCUCAGGUGAGGUUUUAGGAUUGGUCUUUGUCCGCUGUCCGUCCGUCCACAUUUGGUUUGUAAACACUCUAGCAUUCACAUAUCUCAAGCAUUCUUUAUCAAAGUUGCUGAAGGAUCUCAGCCAAGUUUGUAAUGAGCAAAAUCACAUAAUUAAUGCCAUAAUUAUUGCCCUUAGAUUGUCCAAAUUUUCAUUAUAUUAUACAAAAUCCUUGUAAGCAAAGUUUGAUGUUUGGUAAGGGGGGUCAACUCAAAAUAUAGGUCACCAUUUCAAAUCUUACAAAAAGAAAACCACUCUUUACGCAAGAGUUUUGGUUCAAUAAUGAUGAAACUUGACCAGGUUGUUUGUCUGGUCAAUAUCUAGGUCAAGUUUGACAUUAGGUAAAGAUUGAAUGAACCGACUCCUCUCAGGUGAGGGAACUAGGGCCAUCUUGGCCCUCUUGUUUCGUAUUUGAUUUUUGUUAAGUAAAGAUUCUGAAAGUUUUGUUGUUUUAUAUGUUUUCUUUCUUUAACACAAAAAGCAAGCUAAUUUGAAUGUUUACUCUGAUAUUAAAUUAUAAAUGAUGUGGUUAUUAUUAUAUUUUAUUUGGGUUUAUUAUUUAUAAAUGGUUAUUUUGAUCCACAAAUUUAUAAAAUGUUGAGAGAGAUAAAUAAAAGGUGUAUAAAUGUA